AUGGCGCCGGGUUGCGUCCUCCAAGGACCGCUUCGUCGCGGGCCCCGUUCGCACCCCCCCCGCUGCUUCUACACGUUCGUGUCGCUCCUCGCUCUGCUCCCGCGGCUGCGCUUCGGGUGCCACGCGUGGGGUCACGUCGGCCACGCGUUCACGUGCGCCAUCGCCCAGGCCUUGCUAACCGAUGAGGCAGCAGCAGCAGUGGCGGCGCUGCUGCCCCCCAUCGCCCAGGGAAGCCUUCCUGCCGUGUGCUCGUGGGCUGACGACAUUUUGCACGGCGAGCGGUGGGAAUGGUCCAUGCCUCUGCACUUCGCUGGUGAUUGCAUCUUCGCCCAUCACCCUGGUCUGUGCGUUACCAACGCAUUCACCAACUACUCCUCGCAGCUCCUCACCUACUCACCCCAUCACCCAUCCGCCCAGCCCGAAUCCCCUUUCCGGCGUACCUUCCUUUCGUCCUCCCCCGGACCCCCUACUCCCCUCAAGCCUGAUGUUUUCCCCACCUCCCCUCACCGGCGGAGUCUUCUCCUCAGGGGGGUGGAUGAGACAGAUGCUGGGGUGCUGGGGAGGGGUGAGGAGGAGGGAGACGGUAAAGAGGUAGAAGCGGAGGAGGUAGAAGGGGAAGAGGUAGAAGAGGAAGAGGGAAGCGGGGAGGUGGGAGAAGGGGAAGACGUAGAAGAGGAAGAGGGAAGUGGGGAGGUGGGAGAAGGGGAAGAGGUAGAAGAGGAAGAGGGAAGUGGGGAGGUGGGAGAAGGGGAAGAGGUAGAAGAGGAAGAGGGAAGUGGGGAGGUGGGAGAAGGGGAAGAGGAGCUGGUGCAGGUGGUAAAGGGAGUGGUUGGAGACGGUGCUUGGAGUGCUGCUCAUGCCUCAACCUUUGCAGCUCCUGUUGGUGCUAGUGGUGGUGGUGCUGCUGCUGCUGCUGCUGCUGCUGGUGCUGCUAGUGGUGGUGGUGCUGCUGCUGCUGCUUCCAGUGGUCGUGCUAGUGAGCAACAAGCAGCACUGGAUGCGGGGUCCAUAAGACACUACAACCUGACAGAGGCACUCAUGUUCCUCGCGCAUUUUGCAGGGGAUAUCCACCAGGUGAGGGCGAUAGCAGUGCACACAUGUGCAAAGGGCAAAGAGCGACAGGUGUGGGGUCUGUUAGGAGAUGGGGGGUCUAUCAGAGGCUACAACCUCACAAAGGUGCUGCUGAUGCUGGCGCACUUUGCAGGGGAUAUCUACCAGGUGAGCCUGCGCAUGGGAUUCACACCAGCUCUGGGCGGCAUCAGGCCUCUGCACGUGAGAUUCACACCAACUCUGGGCGGCAACAGGUUGCGCCUGUCUAAAUCCCCCAGUCCCCCCGCCCUCAUACCUGGGCAGUACGUGACAUGCCCCCCAAUCCUCUCCCUUUCCCUCCCCCACCUCCAUGCCUCCACCCAUCUGUCCCACAUCCCGCUGCUGCAGCCGCUGCACGUGGGAUUCACAUCUGAUCUGGGCGGCAAAAAGGGUGGACGUGACAUGAGACUCCAAUUUCUCUCCCUCAUGCCUCUAUCCGUCUUCCUCAUAUUCCCUGGUGCAGCCUCUGCAUGUGGGAUUCACAUUUGA